GUAAGAUGGUCAACGUAGUACUCAUCCCUAUCAACACUAGAGCAACAAGCGUCCCAUAAUUACCCCACAAUAGCCAUCCCACCUUCAACGACCCACACCAAGCCGUAUCUUGAAUGAUUAGCUUACCUCCAAAUUCAACUCUCUAUUUCACUUACACUGUAUCUUGAAGCGCCUACUUCCAUCGUUCAUAGCUCACCCCACUCUUUCACCGCAAUCUAAUCUCUCGCGACCAUCAAACACCCCACAAUGGCACCCUCCGCCGUCACCACCGAGCCCCCUCCUACCCCCCAGUCAAAACAACUCAUCCCACGAUCCGCAUCCGACCCAACGAAAGAAAAGACCCCCCUCCAAGCCAUAUCGCAAGGCAUCUGCCUCCCCGGCAUCCCACUCUUCUCCACCCACGACAAACACCGCGCAUGGAUCCUCUCACACAUGGCAGGCGCAUUCCGCGUCUUCGCACGCUACGGCUUCACCGAAGGAAUGAGCGGGCACAUCUCCGUGCGCGACCCCGAGAACCCGCACACCUUCUGGACAAACCCGUUAGGCAAACAUUUCGCGACGCUGAAAGCCUCGGACAUGGUGUUAGUCGACUAUGAGGGUAAUGCGGUGGGAGGUAAUACGAGUCGGCCGGCGAAUGCGGCGGGGUUUCUUAUACAUGCUGCUGUGCAUAAGGCAAGGCCGGAUGUUAAUGCGGCGUGUCAUUGUCAUGGGAGGGCGGGGAAGGCGUGGAGUGCGUUUGCGAGGAGGCUGGAGAUGGUUAAUCAGGAUGUGUGUUAUUUUUAUGGGGAGGCGCAGGCGGUUUAUGGGGAGUUUGGGGGGGUGGUGUUUAGUGAGGAGGAGGGGGGACGGUUGGCGAGGGCGUUGGGGGAGAAGGGGAAGGGCUUGAUUUUGAGGAAUCAUGGGUUGUUGACCGUAGGUCACACCGUAGACGAAGCAGCCUACCUCUACACCCUCAUGGAGCGCUCCUGCGAGAUCCAGCUGAUGGUCGAAGCCGCAGCCGCCAACGGCAUCCCCAAAGUGUACGUCGACGACGAAGCAGCAGAGUACACGUUCAGAAUGGGCAGCGACCCCGAGACGCUGUACUGCGAGUUCCAGCCCGAGCUCGAGUAUGAGCGCGAGCUGAGUGGUGGUGCGUUUGAAAACUGAGGAUGGGUGUGGGAUCGAGAUGUUGUUGAGAUGGGUCGAUUUCUGUAUAUCUACCUUCAGUGACGCGUAUCCAGGAAUUCGAACCGUUUAUUGUCCGCUCGGGGGGUAUGUAGAGAAUCUCCCAUGCGCGCGCGUGCGGAUGGAUGGAUGAGGUAGCUUCGUCUUCUCCGAUUAUCGCUCGCCAAUUUCGGCCCUCCGCCCACGGUAAACCACGCGCUUGAUGCGCACCCACAACGCGCUAGGACUCGCGCACUAUAUCCCACGGACCAAACAGGCGUGCCAGGCACAUCCGUAUUCGAGCCGCAGGUGUCCAACGCACAAAAUAUCCCGCAAGAAAAACGCGUAGACAUGAACCGCGGACACAAAACCACCAUGAAACUUUCGCACCGAGACAUAUGCUAGAACCCAUCAUAUACUACACACCCACACAUCCAUGAUAACCAUCUCCCUCCUUACCCCUCCUGCCUUUCCAUUGAUAUACAACU